UGCCGCGGGCAGCGUGAGGCGGAGCGGGAGCCGGGUGUUCGGGGCCUGGGGGCGGCGGUCGUUGUCCCUGGCGGCGCCUCCUGCGCGCUUGGCGCCGGACGGGCCCGUUCUCCGCCCUGCCGGCCGGGAAGGAGCGGGCCGGGCCUGGGGGGCUCUGGCCGGGGCACAGGGAGUUCGCCCACCCCCCGCUGCGCCCUUCGGAGGGCUUGCCCGGCCCCGGGGAGGUGGCGAAGGCGGGUGGGAGUUAACCGGAGAGGUGUUGGCCGGUGGCUCCGGUUGCUGCGGGGACGGGAGGUCAGCGAGGGUUCUGCUGAACUCGUCUGGGAUCCGUGGCUGCCUGGGUGGCCUGGAGCAGCGGCAUCUGUGACCCACCUCCGCCCCCGUGUGUGCCUGUGUAUGUCCCUGUGUAUAAUAUGCAUGCACACGUCCAUGCGUGUGUGUUCUGUGGUACAAUGUGUGUAGCUCGGGCAUUCAGCGAGGUUUGGGAGGGCCGGGAACAAAGCAUAGGGCAAGGGCGUUGAGGUGCUUGUGGGGCUGCCGGUGCCGUGUCCCUGUGUCUUGAUGGUUCCAGAAAACCCGCGUUGCUGUGAACCCUCUGGGCAAGCAGCAGAGCUGAGGUUGCUGCUCGCUGUUAAUGUAAGGACAGCGUUUUCCUUAGAGCUUCAAGAAACUCAUAUAAACACGUGAGAGAAGAUGACAAGAUCUAGAUCAAGAUCACCACGAUGGAAACCAAGGUCCUUAUCUCCAGCAUUUAGGAGUCCAGAGCACCAUAGGCAAAGGCAUGCUCACAUUAAUUAUGACUGUGAAUAUAAAAGCUUUCGUAAGGACCCAAAGAAACCUAUGCCUUGGAGAACAGAAGAUGAAAAAUACGGACAGAGCAAUUCCAGGUUUGCACCUCAUAGAAAUAACCACCAGAGAAUAUAUGAACGUAGAUCACCUUCACCAAACCUGAAAAGAAUUCCCAUGGAAGAUACUUACAGUCAUAAGCCCUACAGAACACACUCAUCUGAAAGAACUGAAAGCAAUAGGAGAUGCCAGUUACCACCAAAAUACUUGGAAGUACCGUAUAAAGAGCACGAUCAUCCAUUUUACCAACACAAAAUGGAAGAAAGAUACACGUUUGAGCACUACAAAGUCACAGGAAAUGAAAAAGGCAUGAAACCUUUUCAUAGACCUUUAGGGGCUUCAUGUAAACUGGAAAGAAAAUGGCAUGAAGAUGGCUUGAGGCACCAGAGGUUACAUGAAGAGAAGUAUGGUCAGUCACCCAGAAGAGUUUCUGAUGAAUUUACGGCAAGGAGCUCUUUACAGAAGAGGUAUCCUGAAGAUCACGAUUACAGAGAAUAUGGGCACGCGUCUAAAAGGGCUAGAGAAAUGGAGAGGUAUGACGGUGGUGAAGUAGCAAGAAAUUCCAAGUGGAAGCAAGAACGUUCUUUUCCACCCUACCAAGAAAAGGAGGAGCAAAGAAAUCUGGGUGCCCAGUCCCAUCGAACGGCUGAAAGGGAGUACUCGGAGGGUUCUGUCACAAAGAUAGCCUAUGAGUACAGUCACAAACGGCGCAGGCAUCUGGAUGGGGAAAAGCCUUUUUCAGACGAUAGAGUUCAGAAGUAUGUGAAGCAGGAAGACCAGAAAUACGGUUCUUCUAAGGGUGCUCGGAACAGCAAAGAGUUAGAUUACUUCAGCGGUGGAAGAACGAGACGGACUGAAGAAGGGCAUGUUGAUGUACCUCUUAAAUGUGGUUCAAAGAAGGGCUGCAAUGCUUGUGUUAACUCUUCCAAAAUGGAUGUUGAUCUGAGAUCUUUUAAACCGAAGGAAAGAGUAAGGGAAGAAGGGGAAUUCAGGAAAAAAGUAGAUUCCUCCGAUAGUCAGCAUGACUCAAGUCAUACUGUUUCAGAUCUGAAAAUGUCAGAUGUGAACUGUAGGAGGGAGCAUCUCACAAUCAAAGUGGAUAUGAAGAAAAUGGUGACCAAGUACAGGACUGCUUCUAGUCAUGCUACAGAGAGACAGAUGUCACAUGAUCUGGUUGCUGUUGGCAGGAAAAAUGAAAAUUUUCAUCCGGUAUUUGAGCACAUGGAAUCUGUAACACAAAAUGUUGAAAACGACCCAUCAAGAGAGUUUACUCAGGAAAUAAUCACAAUUAUCCAUCAAGUUAAAGCAAAUUAUUUUACAUCUUCUGACAUAACUCUACAUGAACGGUUCUCAAAAAUUCAGGAAAAGCCAAUUGCAAACAUGAAUGAAGUUAAAAUACAUUUGGAUCCAGAGAUUCACAGGAGGAUUGACAUGUCUCUAGCAGAACUUCAGAACAAACAAACUGUGCCCUCUGAAUCUCCCCAGAACGUUAUGAGAGUGUUAGAAGAUCCAAAUGAUUUACGGCAUGAUAUAGAAAGGAGGAGAAAAGAGAGGUUGAAGAAUGAAGAUGAGAGAGUGUUUCAUGUAGAUGGUGUAACUCCAAGGAACCACCAAAGCUGCAGUCUUUCAAAAUUACAAAACUCUCAACUUGAUGGCUUCCAAAAGCCUGUGAGGUUCAUUAAGCCACCUUUCAGGAAAUUUAUUGGGAAACCUCACUUGAAUUCUUACUAUUCUUCAAAAUCAAGUGAUACUUAUUCUCACAGACAUAUUAGAGGACACCUUGAAAAUGCAGGACCCAUUAGAAGACACUUUAAGAGCAACUUUGCAGAUGGCCGUUUGCAAUCCCAUUAUAAGUCUGGCUUAGUACAGAAGGGUUUAUAUAUUCAGGCUAAGUACCAGCGGUUACGUUCUGUUGGUGUAAGGGGAUUUACCACUAAUAAAUUCAGAGAUGGAUUUUUGAGGAAAGAAAAGGGAAAUAUAAAUAUUGCAACGGAAACUUGAACUGAGCUGUGAUCCUGAAGUUGAAACACACAACACAGCGAAGGGAGCAUCUGUUCAUUUUUUGACACCUUUGUCAAGACUUAAAAUAUGAUAAAGGAACUAACUCUGUAACUUUCUUGAUCAAAAAUAACUUUAUUUUUCAGUAGUGGAAUGCUGCAGAACUUUUUUUACGGUUUUAAUAAUUGCUUUUAAAGUACAGUAUUCAACUGAAACCUUGUAGUAUGUACCUUUAGUUCCUUUUGCGUACCAGUCUCAAGAAGUCAUUGAAGGUGGUCUUAUUUAUUGAAUACUUGUUCUCUGAGCAUGAUGUUACAGAUGGAACUCGAGUUGUUACACCCAGAGGUUUAUAUGUUGAAAGUGUAUUGCUUAUGUAAUAAAAAAAGGAAAAAAAAAAGUGCCUGAAUUGUUUGGUAAUAGCACAUUAGCUCAGGAUUUUCCAAGUAAUGACCUUUUAGGUUACGCAAUAGAUUUUACACCUCUGUUCAAUCAUUUCCAUCAAACAGUAUUUUGUAUUACUUUAGUUUAAUGUACUUGGUUUUCUGAUGUGUAUAUACAUUUGUAAAUUGUUAGAAUGUUGGGACAACUUUCAGUAUUUGAUUAAAAUGAAUGGUAACGGGCAGGUAUGUAAUGUACUGUAGCAGUAGCUGAUAACUGCACUGAAAGCAUGCUUGGGGCUGUUAGAGGAUUAGUUGGUCUGUAUUCAAAAUUAUUCUGUCUCAUUUUGGUGUAUGACACUCUUGACCAAGCCACAUGUUCUCUGAUUUUUUUUGUCAUAAGUGACUUGGUGGUUUCCUGGGUUCUGAAAUUGGGGUCUGAAAGAUUUAAUUGCAAGAAAAACAAAGUUUUAAUAAGCAUGUCUUCUAACAAAGCUGUUCAUAAUUGAAACUGCUUUAAAUGCAGAUAGCUUGUAAUUUUCUUCAGAAUUCCAGUAAUUCUCUGAAGCUUACUGUACUGCAAUAUUGUUAUGCUGUAUGCAAAACUACUAGCAAGAGAUUUUCCAAGCAGCUAUAAACAAUAUUGUGCUUAUUUCCUGUUUAUAGCCUUUGCCUUAAUAUAUAAUAGGGUUGUGUGUAUGUAUUACAGAGUUGUUUGGACUUUUUAUUGCAGGUAAAUUAAAGAUGCAUAGCAAGUAGUUUUCAGAGAUGUUUUUAUUUCAGAAAAAAGUUGUUCACAAUAUCCACAACAUUUGCAGGCUGAUGUAUUUCUGUCAUUUCCAAGACAGUGUUAGCUAUAUGGAAUGCAGGCUAGUUUCUGUUUUGGAUUGUAGAUCAGAAUUCUCAUACUGGGUAGAGGUAUGUUCAGAGGAAAGGAAAUCUGGUUUUGGGGGUGGAAAGUCAGGAUGUGAUUGCUGCAUGCUUUUUUGUAAUGUUUUUUUCCCACAGUAGAGAGACUAUUUGAAAGUGUGGGUAUGGCUCAGAACACCUAAAUAGCAUUUACUUAAGAUCUUCAGAUUCUGAGGGGUGCUGCUUAAUGUUCAUAGGGAGUAGGCAGGCAGGUGGUUUGCCAUGUUCAUUGAUGUUAUGGUCAUUCAACAAUGACACCAGAUGGCUUGUUUCUAAAACUCAGAUUUUUCGGUUUAAAUACAUCAUUAAUGAUUCAGCUAGUUUUUCAGUAACUUUGUGCAUACACAAAAUGGGAAGCUCAAGGAAAGAAAUACCCUGGUCAAAUAGAGUCAGGUAACUUUGUGCAGGUAAGAAAAUAUUUAUUAAUGCUUAUGCUGUCCGUGAUGAAUCUGGCAAAAUCAUCCCGUAUAGAUUUACUGGGAGAUGAAAAUAAGGAAUCGGAAGAACAGGUUGAGUCAACCCAAAGAAAAAGUAGUUGCAGUUGAGGAGCCUGCUGGCAGGGGUGCUGCAUGUACCCUUUCAGAUGAGGACAGGUUUACCAUCAAGCUGACAAGCUGUUCACACUGCUCUUGAAUGUGCUAAAGCACUGUAAAACAUGUAAGAAGUGAAACCAUGUAAGAUAUAGGACAAACUACUGAAGCUAUAUUGUCUUAUUCAACGGGAUACUACUGUUUUCUGUAAGCUUCCUGCAGCGUUCUUGUUAAAGCCUGGAAGAGAACUCAUUGUUGAGCAAAUGGGGAAAAUGGAUACAUGAAGAAACUUCUGACAGCAAUUUUGCUAACGCUGUUCAGAAGUAAUGCUGGAGUAGUCAGACUUCAGUCAGUUAAUGCUGCUUUACCCAGGUUUAGAAGUGUGACUAGCUCCUCUGAUUUUAUGCUUUUGUAUUUUAACUGUGCAUGACUAGAUAUCUCUAAUUUGGUUUGUACUUCAACAGUGUAGCCUUGUGUUUUAUUUCUACAGCUGUCAGCAACAUAUUACAAACAGGCUUUUUUGGGCAUGUUUACUGACUUUUUCUUUACCCACUUGCCUACCUUUGGCAUCAAGAUGAAUGUCAUUUGAUGAACUUCAGUCACUGUUUGAGUUGCCUUAGCUUUUACUUAAGGUAAUAACACUUGCUGGAAUCACAUUUUUUACUGAUAACUAAUUUAGGAUUCUGUCAUGGUAAAACUUUGUGUUUUAUAAAAUUGGUAAAGAAAUUGAAUUCUGUGACUGGCUUUGCUGCUGGAGGCAUCUACUCUGUGCUGGUAUCUGGUAUGAGACAUUGCUGUGUAGAUUUAUCUUUGUGAAUUACAGACACUUGUUUUAUAAACUCAUACACAACUCAGCUUAUUUAUUCUAGCACAGAAGAGUUCUGUUGUACUGGAAUAUAAUGUUUGUUUGAGAACAAUGUAUUGGAAGUUACUGACUGGGUGGUGAAGGCACAAGAUAAAGUGUAAGUAGAAGAAAGGUCAAUUUACUUGAAAAACUUGGUGCCUUUCUGUAUUGUGACUGCAUUGUAGAAAACACUUGUACAAAGACUUAAGUAAUAUCCUGGUUAUCGCAUUUUUUCCAAUGGGAGCAUGGACUGAUAAUGCUUCUUAAAACAACCACUUUAAAUAUGUGUGUAAGCCUCACCCUCAGAAGGAAAAGUUUAUCUUGUAUUAGUGAAGUCUGUCACUGCAUUUACAUUGCAAGGGCAAGUUAAAAAUGUGAUUGUGUAAGAGCUUUUAAACUUUGUUUUAUACUUUGAAAAUAUAAAUGUGAAAUGCUUUUCUUUUGGUUAACUUGAAAAUACUGUUAAAUGCUCAUGUGAUUCUCAGUUGUUCACCUGUGAAAUUGUUUUGGUUUUAAUUGCUAUCCAAAAUGCAAUGGGUUUAAUACGACUAGAGUCUUCCUUAAAGUGUUUGAAAUAAUAAGUUGUUGUGAUGUUAGCAUUUAUAUUGCUGAUCCCUUUAAUCUCUACAUAGAUUGGUUAGAAUCUUAGAGUUCACAAGGUUAACAAAAUUCUGGGGCUAGCAAGAAGCAACACAUUGCAGGGCUUCUACAAGCCUGCCUUAACUCUAAUAAUUACUUACAUGUUUAAAAUCACCUUACCUGAUAGAUUUAGAUGUUCUUGAGACCUGGACAUAACUGUCCUAACUCAGGUAACUGACAGCAGAGGAUGGGAGUAAAUUCAGCUGAUUGCUGGUUGUGGUAAUGGUUUACCUGCUGCCUUCUCUCCCAGGGCCUCAGGGUGAAAUGCUGAAUUUUCUUUAUAUGAACUUAGUUGCUUUAAAAACAAAACAAACCCCAAUAUUACACUUACGUGGCAUUAAAAAGGCAGGGUUCUCAAAAUUUGCUUGUUAUGCGUUGUAAAGUCAUUUUUCUGUCUUGAAAAUGGAUAGUGAGAGCUGCUCGGAGAAGAUAAUUAGAGAUUAUAGCAAAGAGAGACUUGAUGUCUCACUGUUCAUUGUAGAAGACUGUAGAUCUUUAACUUCCCUGCUUCCUGAAAGGAUCUUUUCCCAUGCUGUGUAGAAACAUGCCUCUUGCCUUUCUUUAAGCAUCUGAACAGCCAUCUACAAAGUUUUCUGUGGGAGAGCUCUCUAAAAGAAAGACUUCAGACUUGCAUCCUAAUGAAGCUGGAAGGAGGAAAAAAUGUUUCUGCACAUAAUUCUGGUUCUUGACAGACUUCAUUCCAUUGCUGCAGGAUUUGAAGAUAGGUUCUUCAGCAUCCAUAUGAAGGGGGGAAAAAGCCAUUUCAAGAUCUUUGAAAGCCUACUUGUAACACUUGACUUCUUAAUAGACCUUAAACACAAUGAUGAACAUUUAAGUCUGUUCUGUUUCGAGCUUAGUGAGCAUAAAUUUUUCAGUGUUAAAAUCAGAGGAAAUUGUUGUCAUAACACCUGCCCCUUCCUUCCCUGCCUGAUGGUUUUUGUUGGUGGAGGGGGUUUUGAGUAGGCAUUUAGCCAUGUGGUUUAAUGGCUCUAUGCUGCCUGCCACUUUAAUAGAGUUUUCUGUUCAUUGCUCUGAAUUUUGUCUAAGCAGGCUAAAUCUAAUGUUGUCUUUUAAAUAUUUCAUUUUCUGUAAAUAAUGUAGUAGAUGGCUUUUAUUUUGUGAUUGGCUUCUCCUACAUCUUUAUUGUUGAGGGGAAGAGACAGGGUACAACAGCUGUUAUUUGAGUAUACUUCAUGGAAUUUUAAAAAAGCCUCAUUGUUUUGUUGUAAGAAUAGUAGGGUUUUUUCCCCAGUUGAAUGAGGAUGUGGAUUAAUAGUCACUUCCAAGGAAUAUAUUAAUGUUGACCUUAUUUAUAUUGUAGCUUCACAAGGACCAUCUAAUAUGUAUGUGCACAUGUGUACACACGCAAACACAAUAUCAGAAACCUCUAAUGUAAUUACUUGUAAAUGUGGAUAAGUAAUGACAUUUUUAAACUACUGAGGAUGGAAUUAAAUGCAAAAACAUUUGAAGUCUGUAGUCUUUGGAGUCCACAAUGGUGCUUUUGACAAUGUUUUCCCAUAUCUAAAAGCCUCGUAAGUAUGUAUUAAGAUGUAGGUAUGUUUAUAUGUAUGUUUAACAUAGUUUAUAUAAAAUUAAUGUACAUUUUGUUUCUACAGACAAUAAAUGUUUUAACAAAAUUCUUACUUAAAUAA